AUGUGCCCUAGUAUUGUUGUUGAUAAGAAAGGAGAUGUAAAGCUAGUGAUAGGUGGUUCCGGUGCUACUCGUAUUCCAACAUCAUUGACAUUGCUUUCACAACAUUGUAAAUUUGGAGAGGGAUUAAAUGAUGCACUUCGAGAUAGACUAGUUUGUGGGUUGACAAAUGAAAAUAUUCAGAAACGACUCUUGAGUGAGAAAGAUUUAACGUACGAGAGGGCUCUUCAGUUAUCCAUCUCUAUGGAAUGUGCACAAAAGGACGUUAAAGAGUUGCAUCAAACGGCAGGCGGCGCUGCAUCUAUGCAUAAAGUGACAUCUAGUUUUAACAAGACACCUGUACAAAUAAAAAAGGACCUAAUUCAAAGGGAAUGUUACAGAUGUAAUCGUAAAAACCACACCCCAGAUGCUUGUCGUUUUAAAGAUGCGAUCUGUAACUUUUGUGUUGAUGAUGAAAGUAAGAAGUUCUUAACGAUAUCAACUCAUAAAGGUUUAUUCCGGUACAACCGUCUUGUAUUCGGUGUGGCUUCCGCGCCAGCUAUAUUUCAACGGUUAAUUGAGCAGAUCAUGGAAGACAUUCCUAAUGUUCAAGUUAUUCUUGAUGAUAUGAUCAUAACGGGAUCUGAUGACAAGGAACAUCUUGAAAUCCUUGAACAAGUAUUAAAGAGGUUAGACGAGUAUGGUCUUCGCGUAAAUGUAGAGAAAUGUAAGUUUAUGGAGCCAAAAGUUGAAUUUUGUGGGCAUGAAAUUGAUGCGGAUGGACUCCACAAGACAGAUGCAAAAAUUGCUGCAAUUGUAAAUGCACCUGAAAUUAAGAAUGUGAAAGAUCUGAGAUCAUUCUUUAGGUCUAGUACAAUUCAAAGAACUUUCUGUAUACCAAGGUUGCCUAAUGUGGGGUAUACGAUUAGUCAUUCCACAACAUUAAGACAAGCUGUUCUUAAUGAGCUACAUGUUGGACAUGUUGGUAUAGUUAAAAUGAAGUCCCUUGCUCGUAGCUAUGUGUAUUGGCCCGGAAUAGACACUGAUCUAGAGAGCAUCGCACAGUCAUGUUCUGGGUGCAUGAUGUCAAAGUCCAGUCCACCGGAAGCACCAAUACAUCCGUGGGAAUAUCCUAGUAGACCAUGGUCUCGAGUUCAUGUUGAUUUCGCAGGUCCAUUUAUGGGAUACAUGUUUUUUGUGUUAGUCGACGCUUAUUCAAAGUGGCCAAUAGUUAAAAUUAUGCAAACAACAACCACUUCGAAGACAAUAGAGAUUUUGCGAUCAAUAUUUGCAGAUUUUGGUAUUUGCGAUGAACUAGUGAGCGACAAUGGACCUCAGUUCAUUAGUGAUGAAUUUCAGAAAUUCUUAAGUCAGAAUGGUGUUAAACAUAUUAGAGGAGCACCAUAUCAUCCAAAAACAAACGGAUUGGCAGAGCGAUUUGUGCAAACAUUUAAACAAGCAUUAAAAGCUUCUAAAAAUGACUCUGGAACUUUACAGACAAAAUUAUCUAGAUUUUUAAUGCAGUAUAGAAAUAGUGAGCAUAGCACAACAAAGGAGACACCUGCAAAACUGAUGUUUGGGCGUACACUUACUACUCGUUUCGAUAAAUUCAGACCAAGUUUACAAAAUCGGGUUGAGAAAGCGCAAUCGAAAAUGGUAAGAUCUACAUCUGAUAGAAAUUAUUUAGUGGAGGAUACUGUUAUGAUACGUGAUUAUCGUGAAAAGUAUGAAAAAUGGAUUCCAGGAGUAAUUAAAACGCAAACUGGUCCGGUCUCAUAUAGAGUAGAAAUUAGUCCUGGUGUAUCAUGGAAACGGCACGCAGAUCAGAUUCGAGCAGCUGAUGUUUAUCCGUCAAGGUUACAGUCACAAGAUCCUAAUUUGGUAGUUACUGAACGACCAUCUGAGAUUCCGGCUGAAGUUGUUAAGCAACCAACAAAGAUACCAGUUGUUCCUGAAACUUCUGCAAAUCUGCCUGUUACUGAGCUUCGACGUUCAAGUCGCACAAUAAAGAAACCUGAUAAGUUAAAUUUGUGA